CUGCGAGAUAGAUAGAUAGGUGCCAGGCAGAGCGGAACGCUGGGUUUGGCUGUCUGAUAAGAGAUAUAUUAUAAUUUCUUGCAACAAAUCAGCUACGGUCAGUAUGAAUUGAGUAUCAAUAGUGAAACAAUCGAACCUUGAGUGUGGCGAGCGGUGAUACUGCAGUGUAGGAAUGGCGUUGAGAAUAAUUACGGCGUUGUCUAUGUUGCUAAUAGCAGGCGCCAGUUCUCAACUUCUAUGUUAUCAUUGCGACGACUGUAACCUUGGCCCUGUCGUUGUGCAACCAUGCGGCUUCGAUCAACCGAUGAUACCUGGGUCUAGUAGUCCAACUGGAACAUGGCCCGAAUCGCCGAUCAUUACACCUCCAAGCGGUAGUGAUAUCACGGCUGCUCCAGAGUUUCCCACUGGUCAACCAAUACUAACACCACCACCACCGAAUCUACCCGGAGGAUCCGCAGAUGUGGCUCCUGUUCAACCAUGGGAACCAAAUUUAACCCCGCCAAAUCACCCUGGCACCGAUUAUCCAUUCUUAACGAGUACAUCGAACGGAGGUGCUUUGAUAACUCCCCCAGUUACACCUUUCGAGAGGAUUAAUGAGGUAGAUCCCCAGUGGAACAAUCAAUUUGUCUGUAUGACGGUUGAAACAGUUGUAAAUAAUCGCCAGAUUGUUCGACGUGGGUGUGCUCGACAAGAGAUAAAUAAUGAUGCCACAUGCAGUAGUGCAGCCGGUGCGAACAGCCAGCGCUGUACCAUUUGCGCAACUAACCUGUGCAACUGGGAGUCAUGAGUUGUUACUAAAUCCGAAUAGUUAU